UUUAAGCCCAACCCACGAUCACUUCAGUCGAGAUACACACCGAGACGAGCACACGCGCUGAACAGGUGGUCCAGUCCCACCUGGACAACAAAAUAUGAGGAUUUAUUCUUCUUUUAACAUUUAUGGAUACAAUGCCACCUGCGCUUUACUGAUAGUGUCUGAAGAGUAACGCACUUCACGCGCUUCCCCGAGGAGUCACUGGGAAUACUGGACGAAUAUGAAAGUGACAGUAUGUUUCGGAAGGACCCGGGUGGUCGUUCCCUGUGGAGAUGGGAAUAUCAAAAUACACAGUCUUAUUCAACAAGCGACAAUGCGCUAUAAAAAAGCCAUAGCCAAGGACCCGGGAUACUGGAUACAAGUUCAUCGGUUAGAACACGGAGAUGGGGGCAUUUUGGACUUGGAUGAUGUGCUUUGUGAUGUGGCGGAUGAUAAAGACAGGCUCAUAGCGGUCUACGAGGAGCAGGACCCACACCAUGGAGGUGACGGCACCAGCGCCAGCUCCACAGGAACCCAGAGUCCAGAGCUCUUCAGCGCAGGCGAGCUCAACUCCAGUGAGAUUGAGGUCACACCAUCUGCGCUCAGGACCAAUAUGCCCUUGCGUGUACGACGCAGCAGUGAUCCGUCCAUGCCCGGCCUGCCUGAAGUCCAGUUACCGCCCGAAGAACCUUCUCGCAAAAACCCUUCACGAUGGUCCACCACUGCGGGGUUUAUGAAAGGCAAUGCUUCGAGCGGAACCAAUAGCUUAGAACGAAAGGGCAAGGGUCUUGAUGGUUACCGCAGCCUUCCUUCCCAAUUUCAGAGGGAUAAUGCCCGCUCCUCUCUCAGUGCUAACCAUCCGAUGGUGGACCAAUGGCUUGAGCGACAAGAACAGGAGGAUGAAGAAGAGGAGAGAACAGACAACGGGAGAAAUGGAAGGAUAGAGCCGGUGGGCCGGGCAGAUUCAUGUUUGGAAUCAGCAUCAAUCGAUGAAAUGUUAAAGCUGGUUGAGGUGUCCAACGUCGGUGGGCCACUGGGAAUCCAUGUUGUGCCAUUCAGUGCCAGAGAUCGAAGGACACUGGGUUUGUUAGUCAAGAGGCUGGAGAGGGGCGGGAAGGCGGAGCGUGAAGCUCUGUUCCAGGAGAACGACUGUAUCGUCCGGAUUAAUAACGGAGACCUGCGCAACCUCAGAUUUGAACAGGCCCAAAAUUUGUUUCGUCAGGCUAUGCGUACUCCACUUAUCCAUUUCCACAUAGUGCCAGCGGUGAAGAAACCACAAUAUGAGCUUUUGUAUCAGAAUGAACUGGGCCCGCAGUCUGCUUCUGAAUCUGGUGACAGAAGCAGUCUGUUGGGAGGAGCUAUGGAGUACAGUCCACGGAGAAUGUCAAAAGCUGAAUCGAACCAGGGAUAUCCCACGCUACCGCACCUGGCAAGAAAGUCUCACCCCGGGCCUAUCCUCCCCGCCAGGCCUGCAAGCGCCUCAUCCUCUGUGGGUUUCUCCAAAAAGAUUGGGCGCAAAUUUAAUGUGCAGCUGAGAAAAGGUCCCGAAGGCUUGGGUUUUAGUAUCACCACCAGGGACGUCCCAAUUGGCAGUUCUGCCCCCAUAUAUGUGAAAAAUAUUCUUCCCCGUGGAGCCGCCAUCCAGGACGGCCGUCUGAAAGCUGGAGACCGACUGCUUGAGGUCAAUGGAGUGGAUCUAAAUGGAAAGACUCAGGAGGAGGUUGUGGCCCUGUUGCGCUCGACCCCCAUGGGCGGCACUGUUGGUCUACUCGCCGUUAGGCAAGAGGAAGCUCUUCUGCCUCGUGAAGUAAAAGAAGAACAGGAUGAAUUAAUUCUUACCCCGGAUGGUACAAGAGAGUUUAUGACCUUUGACAUCCCACUCAACGAUUCAGGCUCGGCAGGAUUAGGGGUCAGCGUCAAAGGCAACCGAUCUAAAGAGAGCCACGCUGAUCUGGGUAUUUUCGUCAAGUCUAUCAUCACUGGAGGAGCGGCAUGCAAGGAUGGCCGACUGAGGGUAAAUGACCAGCUCAUAGCCGUCAACGGAGAGGGUCUACUGGAUAAAACUAACCAGGAAGCAAUGGAGACCCUUCGCAAGUCCAUGUCCAUAGAGAGCAACAAAAGAGGCAUGAUUCAGCUAAUAGUGGCCCGGCGGGUCCCAGGGAGAGGAGAGGAAUCUCCAGAAAGCCCAUCUGUCCAAGAUUUGUCUCUAAACUCUCCAAGAGAUGAUCACGAGCGACGGAUCUCUCAGUCUCUCUAUCCUGGAGACAGUCUGGAUGAUAGCCACAGCCCAAGACAUACCAUGAUGAGUAGAUUGAUGGGUAACUACCAGCUGUCCCCCACUGUAAACAUGCCCAGGGAUGACACCGUCAUCAUUGAAGAUGAUAGGCCACCUGUUCUUCCUGCUCGAUUGUCUGACCAAUCUUCAUCGAGCUCUCACGAUGACAUGGGACUGGUGACAGAGAUGCCCGACUGGCCUAAAGAUGCCCAGAUACCGGAAGGUACACUCGGUCCUGACACAGAUAUGGAUGCUGUCUUUGAGCGCGAGGGCUUCGGUCGACAAAGCAUGUCGGAAAAACGAACCAAGCAAUAUGCCAACGCUGCUCAGCUAGAAAUUAUCAAGAGUCGCAAGUCGAAGAGUAUGGACCUAGUAGCCGACGAGUUUAACCUCACUCCCCGCAAAGAAAGGAUAGAAGGCAACUCCACGCGAGAUGUGGGACCGUCGCUGGGUCUGAAGAAGUCUAGUUCCUUGGAGAGCCUCCAGACAGCUGUUGCCGAGGUGACGCUCAACGGAGACGUCCCUUUUCACAGGCCCCGCCCCAGAAUCGUCAGGGGAAGAGGUUGCAAUGAGAGUUUUCGGGCGGCCAUCGACAAAUCAUACGACAAUCCAGGUGUGAGCAUAGUCAGUCCCGAGGACGAUGAUGAGGGGAUGGAGACGUUGGAGGAAGACACAGAAGAAAGUUCGCGAUCAGGCCGUGACUCCAUUUCCACGACAACCGACCUGACCCUCGGAUCAGCAGGUGUUGAGAAGCAUGUGAAUGGAGGCCGUAACAGAGAUGACAGGAAGAAGGACCAGACGGGGAAAGACAAAAAAGACAAGAGUAAAGCCAAGAAAGGCAUGCUGAAGGGCCUUGGUGACAUGUUCAGGUUUGGCAAAAACCGAAAAGACGAGAGGCAAGGCGACAGGAUCGGGCGCAAGGGCUCCAGCAAGAGCAAGAUGGAGGAAACUCAGGCCACAGAAGAGGAAACGGAGAGAAUGAGAUUAGAACAGGAGAGGAUUCAAGCUAAGACCAGGGAGAUUCGCGAGCGACAGGCCAAAGAUCGAGACUACGCCGAGAUCCAGGACUUCAACAGAAACUUCAGUUCAGACGAGGAGCACACCUAUGCAGGGAUCGGCUCUCUGAACUCAUCUCUGAACAGCAGCAUGGACCUGAGCCAGAACCCUGCUCAAGAUCAGCAUCCUCAGACCCCUAAAGACCAACCCCUGCCCUUAGACGCCCUCUAUGCCCAGGUUAACAAGUCCAGAAAUGGACGCCCACCCUCCACAGACAGUAACAGACUGGCGCCUAGCAACCAUGACCGGAUACUGCGGCUACGACAAGAAUUUCAACAAGUCAAACAUGAGGAAGGCCCCGGUGACCGCCGCCAUAGCUACAGCUUCCAGCAGCAACCAUGGGCCAACACACCAACAGGGCGUCACUCGGUUUCUGUCGAGGUCCAAGUGCAGAGACAGAGAGAAGACAGAGACUCAUUUACACAAGCCCAGAGGCAGUACAAUUCCUUACCACGGCCACAACGCAAAAACCCCAGCAUCGUGUCCCAAGACUCGUGGGAGAAAGUCUACCCUCCUGGCGAGGGAUUUCAGACCGCCAAAGAGAACCCACGCUACUCCAGUUACCAGGGAUCCCGCGCUACCAAUGGCUACAUAGGCACCGUCUCCACGGGCAUGAACGCCCGCGUGCUCUUGGAGACGCAGGAGCUCCUGAGACAAGAGCAGCGACGAAAAGAGCAGGAGGCUAAAACCAAGCUCCCUGCUAUGCAGGAGAUGCCAACCCAGCCUCCAAGCCAAUUCCCUGCUCCUACCACACCCAAAGGACCGUACCGUCAGGAUGUGCCACCUUCACCCACUCAACUAGCCCGGCUCAACCGCAUACAGACACCAGAGAUGGGCCACAACUUCUACUCUUGAGAGCUAAACUGUAUCACAGCAAUAACAUUUGGAGACAGCCAUAGAGACUAGGGGAUUCGUGGAGAAAGGAUUCUGGGUAACAGGUUGACAAGGUUUCUUGUUUUUUUUACAUUUGUAUGAAUUGAAAUGAUUUUACACACUGAAGAUCUUUGUCUGCCAUUCAUCUCUCAUCCUUGACUUAUAUGCGUUUUGUAUUGAAUACAUUGACGUUAUGACACUUGGUGGGGCCUUGGCUUGACAAUCACACCAUAGCCUGCCUGAGGCUUUGAUACACGACUGUUCCCACAGUAUUGUGACCUACAUAUCAUGUUUUCUAUCAAGUAUGCGUGCUAAGAGCACGUCGAGGGUGGAUGAAUCUCAUGCAACCUGUCAAGCGAGGGUCGUAUUUCACAGUUUUCCAAUAUUCAUUAGUGUUUUUGCAGUAUGAAAAUAAUAAGGUGUGUAUGUGUGUAUGUGUAGAUAUAUUUUGAUUAUAAAGAGAGUGUGUUGCGUCUAGGUUACAACCCUACAUCCUUACAUGUUUCUACCACUGACACCUCUUUAACCCCUCAUACAUCUCACUUGCAUGUCAUGUGACCCCACCCAUUCCCACCCAGUUCAUAAAUAAUCCUCAACUCUUUUUUAGAUUUGUAAUAAUUAAUUUUUUUUUUUGGUAAUUUGUUAAAAUACUUCCUAGUUUAAUGUGCAGAAAGCUGGGAAGCAAGCCAUAUGGUACUAUAGGUUCCUAAACACUGUAAACAAUGCUAGUAUUUUUUUUUCUAUAUAGCAUACACUGAUAAAUCGAUUAAAACAAUUAGGGGCGGUUUCCCGGUCGGGGCUUAUCCUAGUCCCAGACUUAAAUGCAUGUUUGAGCUUGCUUAA